UGAGAAGAGGUAGGCCUCAACUUAAUGUUUUUAUUUUGCUCCAAAACUUUCCACUUUGCACAAAAUGCAAACAUGCAGAUCCUGUAAAGAACUUAAAGUGAGGCUGCAGAGUUCACCCUGCAGAGCUGCGAGGAGCUGAACUUACUUCAUCUGCUGUUAGCUAGUGUCGGCUAACACGGUAAAACCCUGCAAAAGAACACCCUAAAAACACCAUGAGUGUUGACGUGAAGAAACUGAAAGUCAACGAGCUGAAAGAGGAGCUCCAGCGCCGCGGCCUGGACACCAAAGGCCUGAAGGCAGAGCUGGUGGUGAGGCUGAAAUCCGCUCUGGAGGCUGAGGCUCAGUCUGAUGGCCCAGGGACAGGGGGACAGGGGGGUGACUACUUUCAGGACAACCUGGAUAACGAAGAUGAUGAAGAUGUAGAGGAUGCUGAAGGCAAUCAGGAAGCAGCUGAUGAGUUGGGUGACGAUGAUGAUGAUGAUAUUGAAGAUAUUGAAGAUGAAGUGGAAGGAGAUGGGGAUGCUGAUGCUGACGGUGAUGUCGCAGCUGAGCCGGAGGCGGCUGUCCUCCAAGAAGAAGACGAGGGUAGAGAUUCAGGCGGAUACUACGAGGACGAGGAGGCAGAAGGCGAGCCCUAUGAGAGCCGCCCGACUUCGGAUUCCGGACACAGCAUGCCCGACUUCACAGCAGAUGUUGAUAUAAACAAAAGUGAGGAGGCGUCUGAGGAAGAAACAAAGCCUGUGCAAGAGCCAGAGCCAGAGCAGCCUGAAAAGAACGCACAAGACAUAAAGGUGGAGGUGAAAAAGGAAGAAGAACCCGAGGCUACUGAUGACCAACAGCAGGAAAGUCAGGGAACAGAAGAUCAGCAGGAUCAAGACGGUGCAGCUCAGGCUGAAGUGAAAGCUGAGUCUGAUAAGGGUGGACAGUACAGCCGCAAGAGACCGUACGAAGAGAACAGAUCUUAUGGCUACUAUGAGCACCGCGAGGACAAAAGAUCCCGCACACCACAGCCCCCUGCUGAAGAUGAAGAAGAGAACAUAGAUGACACUCUGGUUACCAUUGAUACAUACAACUGCGAUCUGCACUUCAAAGUGUCCAGAGAUCGCUACAGCGGUUACCCACUGACCAUCGAAGGCUUUGCUUACCUGUGGGCUGGAGCCCGAGCUACACAUGGGGUCACCCAGGGUCGUGUGUGUUAUGAGAUGAAGCUUAACGAGGAAAUUCCAGUGAAGCAUCUGCCCAGCAGUGAGCCAGAUCCCCACGUGGUCAGAAUUGGAUGGUCUCUUAACCACUGCAGCACUCAGCUUGGUGAGGAAGCCUUUUCAUAUGGAUACGGAGGAACAGGAAAGAAAUCCUCUGACUGCAAGUUCGCCGACUUUGGUGAGAAGUUUGGUGAGAAUGACGUCAUCGGCUGUUACAUUGACUUUGACAGUGGUGAGGAGGUGGAGAUGAGCUACUCCAAAAAUGGCGUGUCGCUGGGCGUUGCUUUCCGGACCACGAAGGAGGCCCUGGCAGGUCGAGCCCUGUUCCCUCAUGUCUUGGUGAAGAAUUGCGCUGUUGAGUUCAACUUUGGACAGAAGCCACAGCCGUACUUCCCCGCACCAGAGGGGUACACCUUCAUCCACGAUCUGGACCUGGAAGACAAAAUCAGAGGGACUAAAGGGCCUGCAACCAAAGCUGACUGCGAGAUCUUGAUGAUGGUUGGCCUGCCUGCCUGUGGAAAGACCACCUGGGCCAUAAAGCAUGCAGAGACUAACCCCGAGAAGAAGUACAACAUCCUGGGAACAAAUGCCAUCAUGGAUAAGAUGAAGGUGAUGGGCCUGCGUCGCCAGAAGAACUAUGCCGGGCGCUGGGAUGUUCUGAUUCAGCAGGCCACCCAGUGUCUGAACAGGCUGAUCGAGAUUGCUGCUCGCAAGAGACGCAACUACAUCCUAGAUCAGACAAAUGUUUAUGGAUCAGCAAGGAGACGAAAAAUGCGUCCUUUUGAAGGUUUUCAACGCAAGGCUAUUGUAAUUUGUCCCACGGACGAGGAUUUAAAAGAACGAACAUUAAAGCAAACCAAUGAGCAGGGGAAGGAUGUGCCCGAUCAUGCUGUUUUAGAAAUGAAAGCCAACUUUACUCUCCCUGAGGCUUGCGACUUCCUGGAGGCGGUGACGCACAUUGAGCUGCCGUGUGAGGAGGCUGAAAGUCUGAUGAAGCAGUACAAUGAGGAGGGUCGCAAAGCUGGCCCGCCCCCUGAGAAACGCUUUGACAACAGGCAGGGCGGGUUCCGUGGCCGUGGUGGUGGCGGCGGUGGUGGCGGCGGAAGCUUCCAGCGGUAUGACAACCGUGAUGGAUCCCGUGGUGGUUACCAGAACCGCAGUGGUGAUGGAGGCAGUGGAUACAGAGGAGGUUACAACCGUGGCAGCUACAGCCAGAACCGUUGGGGCAACAGCUACCGUGACGGAGGCUCUGAUUCCCGAGGUGGAUACAACCGCAGCCAGCAGUCUGGAGGAAGCUACAAUCGCCCCGCCCCUUACAACAAGGGAGCAUACAACCAGGGCUACAGCCAGAGCUACAAUCAAGGAUACAACCAGGGCAGCUACAACCAGAACUACUACAGUCAGUAUCCAGGAUACAGCCAGAGCUACAGCCAGAGCUACAGCCAGACACCGGCCACCGCACAGACGUACAACCACCACCAGCAACAGCCACAGCAGCCGGCACAGCAGCAGCAGCCGGCACAGCAACAGCAGCAGCAGCAGCAGCAGCAGCAACAACAGAGCUACAACCAGCAAUAUCAACAGUAUGCGCAGCAGUGGCAGCAGUACUACCAGAACCAGAAUCAGUGGAACCAGUAUUACAGCCAGUACGGCAGCUACCCUGGACAGGGCAGCCAAGGCUCAUCUUCUGGUUCACAGUAAUUUCACCCUGCAUCUGUACCUGCAUCCGCCUGUGUCCUAGACACUCUGACCUCUGCAGCAAAUCGAUUUUGUACAGUCUCACUUUAAGUCCCCAACCCAUGACUUGUCUCUGUCUGGUUAACACAGUAGCCUUCAUUCCUCACCAAUUAAUGUACACAUAAACUGAAUACAGUUUGAUGUCUUUUCAUUUUUUACUGAAUGAAGUCUUACUCCCCAAGCAGUGACCGUGAGUUGGUAGAUGAUAGGUAUCAAAACAUUUAAUGAAUGUUAUCUAUUAUGCAUUGAAUGUGGAUGUCUGUUGAACUGCAAACUCCACAUUUGCUACAGGUUGAAGAGUUUAAAUGUAUAUUUCUAGGGAUCAUAGUGUGAAAAAGUAACAAGGCAGGAGAACGAAAGCAAAGGCUGAAAUAAUUUAGCUUGUUUUGAGAGGCUUAACAAAGAACAAAAUGCAUGCUUUUUACUUUUCAUUACCCUUCCUUCUGUCUUGCUCUUUAUUUUUCAGUUUCUGAGCAACACAUUUUAUUUACUCCAAUAGCAUUCAAACAUGAAACGUUUUUAUAGGUGUUGAUACUGUAGUAUUUAAGAGUUGAUCCAGUUUUUGAUUAAGAAUAUUUUGCCACUCUAAGUAGUUGUCUGUGCAGGUUUUUUUUUUAAUUCUUUUGUGAUUGGUGUUCAUUGAGUCCAGUAGUUAAAACCUUGUUGUAAAACCCAAUUUUUUUCUACCUAAAAACGAGAAACCAGAUUAUGACCAGUUACCCGAACUGUCAUCUUGUCUUUAUACAAUAAAAGCAGUUGUAUACGCCUGAA